AUGAAGGCUACUAGGUACAGUAUACAGUACUGUAUUGACAAAGCAGAUGUCCAGCAGAGGGCAGUGGUAUGUAAGUGUAAAGCUAUUUAUUAGCUGGUGCCUUGCUUCAUUCAUAAUAAGUAAUAUAUAGUAGUACUGUUGCAUUGAAUUUCUUUAAUAAGAACUGAAGGCAGCUUUGCACAUGUAUUUAACAUGUUGAUGUUAAUUUUAAAAGAUGUGUAAUGCUUGCAGAUGUAGAAGAAGAAGAAGAAGAGUUUGGAUUUGAUAUCCCGCUUUAUCACUACCCGAAGGAGUCUCAAAGCGGCUAACAUUCUCCUUUCCCUUCCUCCCCCACAACAAACACUCUGUGAGGUGAGUGGGGCUGAGAGACUUCAAAGAAGUGUGACUAGCCCAAGGUCACCCAGCAGCUGCAUGUGGAGGAGCGGAGACGCGAACCCGGUUCACCAGAUUACGAGUCUAUUGCUCUUAACCACUACACCACACUGGCUCUCAACUGGAUAGACAACUGUAUAGACAAAUGUAUAGACAACUGGAUGUUCAAUCAAAGCCAUUCUUAGAAGAAGAUGCUAAUGAAUAUUUUGGAUUGUGAUACAGACUGUUAUAAAGUGUUUGAGGAACUAUAAAACUCAAUGCAUGGUGAAACAGAAAAGCCUGUGCUAACCUCAGAGAACAUUGGUUUCCUCACUCACUCAGGUUACUACUAGAACUUGUGUCAUCAAAAAUAGUUAGGAGAACUCCUCUGAGGCCAAUCCACAGAAAGUAUCUUUUUCUCAAGCUAGCCGGUAAGUGAUAUGUGGCUUUAUGGCUAAACCUGCCAAGUGGCUUUUUCAGAUCAACUUUUCAGAUAUAAGUUUGCAGGGCUACAAGGCAAUCUUCUUUUCAGUGCGGCUAUAUAGCUGGUGAAAUAAGCAGCAGGAAAGUAAGCAACAACUCAAGAUCUACAAGGUUUCAGUCCUAAACACAUGGUAAGUUUGAGUGAAGUAAGUCCGACUGAAUUUGCAGACAUGCAGUUCUAAAUAAACAGGAAUGAAAUCAGGAUACCUGCAAUGAACGUGGAUGGAAAGUUUUUGUAGAUUUUCCCCCCCCUAAUCCUCCUUUACAUUUACUAUUGAAAACAUGGUACUCCUGUAUCACGUUCUGCAAGAAGAGUAAUCUGGCAUCCAGUGCCAAUUUUGUGCUGGCAGAUGCUUGUUUGAUUUCUUUUCUAUGAGUGCCUAGUGGGAAACAUGGAUCACAAAUACAACUGCGUGUGUUGAAACAUUGCAUUCGAAAUAUAUUAGGAUCAACGUAGAAGAGAUACAAAACAGCUACGGUAAAUAUGUAAAAUAUGGGGGGGGGUCCCUUAAAGAUGAUUUAGGUGGUAAAGGGAGAACCACUAGCCUUACUUCAUUUCCUAGCCUUGUGUAACUUCCCUCUACCCAGGGGAGAUGACUUUGUGGAGGCGAUUCCUGCUUGUAGGCUAGCACGCUCAGGCCGGUAUUAUAGUGUAACCCACGCUCAAAACAAUUGCGCCCUCCAAGUGUGACCAGAUGGUGCAAAAUUAGAUGAACUCUUUCCAUUUUUUGUGAUUGCACAGGGGAGGGAAAUUUUGGCAGGCGUGGAGGGGGGGUGAAAAGAAAGCAUGCUCCAUUAAUAAUAAUAAUAAUAAAUUGUAUUUAUACCCCGCCCUCCCCGGCCAAAGCCGGGCUCAGGGCGGCUAACACCAGUUGUGGAACCAGAAAGCAUUUUCCAUUGUGGAACCAUAAUAGAAAUCCUAAUGGGUCCAGGUGCGAAUUGAAGCAACUGGACAAGGUUGCUGGAAGCAUCCAGAUUUCCACACCUCAGAUUUUUCCUGAGAAAUAAUAAUGAUGAUGAUGAUAAUAAUAAUAAUAAUAAACAACAACAAAAUAACAAUAAUAUAAUAUAAUAAUAAUAAUUCAUAAUAAUUUAGAAUAAUAAUAAACUUAUUAUUAUCAUCAUCAUCAUCAUCAUCAACAGCCGUUCUUUGCAAUCCUGUGGACUCCAAAGGAAGCCCCUCACGACGACCGAGCCGAGCUGGGCCCUAGGCCGCCUCCUCCCUCGGAGCCCCCGCGGCCUUUCCUCUCCUCCUCCUCCUGCUCGGAGGUUUCCCUCAGGGAAGGCGGCCAACUGUCAGCAGAGGGAGCUGCAGGCCAGCCGGCGCCAUCUCCGGCUUCUCUCCCGCAGCUCCGGGCUUGGACAGCAGGGAGAGGAAGGAAGAGGCCUGCCUGGGCUGCCGGCCCUCCUCGCCGCGCUCGGCCUCAGCCCGGCUCAACGGCCACGGAUUCGGCCGCUGCGACGAAGCCUCUCCCGGGACCAACUCUCUCUCUCUCUCUCUCUCUCGGCUCGCGGGGGUGGGUGCCUCUCCUAUACUGGGGGGUGGGUUGGGGUAGGGGUUUCAUCCUUAAUGGAGUUUUUAAAAUAUAUUUUUCUCCACAAAAGCUGGAGCCCGGUUCUCUUCCUGGGUGUAAAAUAAACGGCAUUGUGGUGAAAUCUCCGUUGCGUCUAGGGCCAACUGUCAGAAACUUCCAUCGGCUUGGAUUGAUUGAUUGAUUGAUUGAUUGAUUGAUUGACUGACUGACUGACUGACUUACAAAUGUUUUGUUUCCAACAUCUUGUCUCCGCACAGGCUGCGCCCUCGUGGAAUGUAACGUGUGAACGCCCGCAAAUCAGCUGGGGUUAAGGGUUUAGCAUCUUCCCGGGACAAGAUCGAAAGGUAAAGAGUCUCCCGCAGCCACUCCUCUUCCUGUUCACACGCAGCCCUACCGGGGGGGGGGGGAUAUGUGUAGAAGGGAGGGUUGGCUUCACACCUGCUGCCCCUGUUUCUGACCUCCUGGGUGCUUGUUCAGAAGAUCAAAUGAAUGCGUGGAGCUUUGGAGAAGGGAAAGCAGGCGCAUCCCCCCCCCCCCAAAAAAAUCCAUUCACUGUUCAUCCAAAAAGGUUGACAUUAACUUUUUUCUGGUAGGCCAGUGAAUAGAUGAAAAAUGGGAACCCAGCAAAGGCAAGAAUUUCUUAAUCCCAGCACCUCUGGGUGCCUUGUGUUUAUUGUGGGAUAGGUACACUCAUACAUUCUUAUUUAUUUAUUUAUUGCAGCAUCCACACAACACCAUUGACAUCUAAAUGCCAGUCAAUGCAUUCAUCCCUCUCUUAAACUGGAUGUACCCUUUCCAGCAUCUUUUGAUAAGUAAAUAAUAAUAAUAAUAAUAAUAAUAAUAAAAGCAACAAUCCUGUUGCCAAUGUUCCAUUUCAGGCACGGGGUGGGGACUAUAUUCACACUAAAAAAAUAAUACAGUAGUUUAAAAGUGGUGGAAUGAUCCUUAUCGCUCAGUGUCAUCAAAGUUUUAAGAGCUAUCUAUGUGUUUACUUACCAUCCAUGUCACUGCAGGAAUGCUCCCUUUACAAGAAGUGAUCCUGUCUAUGCUUAUCUACCCUUGCAUUUUGGUAGUUCUGGCCUGUUUUUGGUGUAGCUGCACAUUGUUCUUAACAGCACAAUCCUAAGCUUGUUCAGAAGCACCUUUCUGUUAAAUGCGGUUUCCUGCCAGGUAAAGUGAUACAGCAUUGAAGCUAAAGCAAGAAGUCUUGAAUUUCCACCCUCCUUGAUAAGCCCUUGAAGCUGACCCUGUGUAGGUGAAGUGCAGGAUUUGGCAAAAAGCAUCUAAGUGUCUUGACCAGCUGACAGGUUUUCUAUGAAAGCUUUUAGUUGAUACUAAGCAUACUGCUUGACAAUGGCUGGUGUUGCAUAAAUGUUAACUAGCAAAAGACAACAGAAUAACAUGCACCAGAGGAGAUGUUGUGCAGCAAGGGGCCAAAGGCCAGACCUUCAGCCUCCUGAGGAUUGUCAGCUUACCUGUAUAAUUCCUUUUGAACUGCUUGCUUCCUAUAAUAACUGGUGCUGGUUAACGUCCUGAUGCGUCAGGUUAAACAUGAAAAGCAAGUUACCCAAGAUGACUGUAGAUAUUUAGCUAUACUUUCAGUAAGUACUGAGUACUGACUAAACCAGAAUGUGCUCUCCCCCCCCCCACUUCCAGGUCACAUGAUGCUAAUUCCCAACAAUAUUAA